UAGCCACGACCACGAAAACCCUAAUCCACCACCAUCCACAGCCGCUGAUUCCCCUCCCCCUCUCCUCACGAUUCAGAUCCAUGCCCAACCUCCUUGUAUGCGCGGCUGCCGCCCCAUCGAUCUCCGGCGCCGCUGCCUCCCGUCGAUCUCCCUCGCCGCUGUCCCAACCAUCUCCCGCUCCACCUCUGUCUCCCAUCCUCUCUCGCUCUGCCACCGCCCCCACACGCUCCCCCUAUGGAGUACUCAGAUCCGCGAUGGGGGCACACGCAAUUGUGGCCGUGCGAGAACAGGCCCUUCCUGGAUGGCUCGGUGAUGUUGCGCCUACCAGCAACUGGAGAUCACGCGCCGUCGCCUACGACAGCACCCGUGCCGGCGCCGGAUGUGGUGCCCAACGUUGUGACGCCAAGAUAAUCGCUCGUGAUCCAAUUAUUCAACAUAGGUUUCCCUGCAACAGUGGUACAAGGUGACAGAACACAAGAGGUAAAUACAUAUUCCGAACUCUUUUGUCAUUGCCUAACUUGUUCAUUAGUAGCAUUAUAAAAUGAUAGACUAGCACCGCUGUUAUUCUAUUUUUUCUUUCCAAGUGACUGUUGUUCUUCUCGCGUAGUUAUCCAGGACUCACCAGUUUUUUAGACUAAACCUGAUGCAGGAAAUAUGGCCACUUG